AUGUCUACACUAGCCAAUGCCGACCUCUCUUCCGACUCAGAGAACGACUGCGACUACGUACCUACCUCGCCGAAACGGAAGAACAAAUCGCAAAAGGGGUCGAAGAGGAUCAAAAGAGCUAAAUUGGAUGGGGAGGAGUCGGAUUCAGCUACUUCCUCUUCUUCUUCCGAUGAUGAAGAUGAGAUUGAGAAUGAUGAGGUACACGAGAAAAUAGAUGAGAUCGAAGAGAGGAAGAGGAAAGCUAGAGAAGAAUUUGAAAGGAUGAAAGCUGAAUUAUCCACUUCCGCGAAUGAUAUGAAAGAAAAAAAAUCGGAGAAGGAGGAAUUGGUAGAAGUUAAACGAGCUAGGAGGUUCGCGGGGGAAACUAUAUAUGAGAUAGUCAAGUUGAAGAAGGACGAUCCAGAGACGAUAGCCUAUUUGUCUAAACGGGAUCAGGAUCAGGAUCCAAAUCAAACUACCUCAGGUUCCAAGGAAGGUACUACGAACACGUCCGAAAAUCAGAGUGAUAUACCGAAAGAUGAUCAUCCAUCCUCAAUACCCACUCAAGGGCAACAACAACAAAAAUCUCCUAUCACCACAUCCGCACCCGCACCCAAACCCGCACCCCGUCCGAAAGGUCCUCCCAUACGGAGAAAACCACGUCAGAGUUUGGAAGCCAUGUCGGCAGCUUUAGAUAAAGGUAAGAAGAUGACUACGCUGGAGAAGUCUCGGAUGGAUUGGAAAUCGCAUACCACCUCGACUACCGGACUUUCCGAUGAACUAGCAUUGAAUAGGAAGAACGGAGGAGGGUAUUUGGACAAGAAAGAUUUCUUAGAUAGAGUAGGAGAGAGAAGAUCGAAUACAUUUGAUAGUAAGAGGUAG